AUGGACCAAGCCAAUGGAGGGGGGUCGCUCACGGGGCAUGCGGGGCAGGAAGCAAUCGUAAAUGCCAACAAGAACGUUCAGCAGCCGCCAAUACAGCAUGCGCAAUUGAGGCCCGACGAUUUCAAGGUGGUGCGGACGCUGGGAACUGGCACCUUUGCGCGAGUUUGUCUUGUGCGACCAGCCGAUCUGCCCGACGACCAGAACAACGACCAGGUCUUCGCCCUCAAGAUCCUCCGCAAAACCGAAGUCAUCAAGCUCAAGCAGCUCGACCAUGUCCGACACGAGCGCGAGAUCCUGGCCGACGUCGCUGGCCACCCCUUCAUAACACGAUUAAUAGCCUCCUUCUCCGACCACGACUCCCUGUACAUGGUACUAGACUAUGUCCCGGGAGGCGAGCUCUUCAGCUAUUUGAGGCGCCACAGGCGCUUCCCCGAGGACUGGGCUCAGUUCUACGCCGCCGAGAUUGUCCUCGUCCUCGAGUACCUGCACGAACAACAAGGAGGGGUCGCCUACCGAGACUUGAAGCCCGAGAACCUGCUGCUGGAUGCCCAGGGGCACGUGAAAUUGGUCGACUUCGGCUUCGCCAAACGUCUAGGCCAUAAGAACGACAAGCCCGUCGAGACAUAUACGCUGUGCGGCACGCCCGAGUAUCUGGCACCCGAGGUCAUCCAGAACAAGGGUCAUACAACGGCGGUUGAUUGGUGGGCACUGGGCAUCCUGAUCUACGAAUUCCUGACUGGCUAUCCGCCAUUCUGGCACCAGAAUCCCAUUGAGAUUUAUAAACAAAUUGUCGAGAAGCCGGUCAUGUUCCCAGCAGAACCUCCUGUUUCGCACCACGCACAACACAUCAUCCGCUCCCUCUGCACCGUGGACCGCUCGCGCCGGCUAGGGAACAUCAGCGGCAACUCAAACGCAGUAAAACAACAUCCAUUCUUCAAGGCCGUCGACUGGGAAGCAUUGUACAACAGACAGGUCCGCCCGCCUAUCCAGCCGCACGUCCGAUUCCCGGGAGAUGCCCAGUGCUUCGAUGUCUAUCCCGAGGACGACGGAAAGCGGGACCCUUACACCGACGAGAUGGCUCAAAAGUACGACCAAUAUUUCACAGGGUUCUAA